GUAGACAUUUGUGUUGAUGGCUGUUGCCAGAGCUGCACUGUACAUCAGCCGGUGGGAUUUUGAAUAUAAAACAUGACUCCUUCGUUCUCAUUAGUCCUUGGGAAACCUCAUUGAAACACUUUGUGUAAAAAAAGUUUGGAAAUGCAGCUGAAAUAUCUCAAAACCCUUCUCACCCCUCAAGCUGGUGCGGCCAGGAUUCCCUGUAUGGUAUGGGCACCCAACAACACAAAGUUUGCCAUUUGCACUUUGGACAGAGUAGUGCUACUAUAUGAUGAGCAUGGAGAAAGAAGGGAUAAAUUCUCAACCAAGCCAAUUGAUGCAAAGCAUGGAAAGAAGAGCUAUGUUGUGAAUGCUAUGGCAUUUUCUCCUGAUUCAACAAAAAUUGCCAUUGGACAAAGUGAUAAUGUAAUUUUUGUCUAUAAAAUUGGAGAAGAUUGGGGUGAUAAGAAGGUUAUCUGUAAUAAAUUUGUACAAACGAGUGCAGUAAUCUGUUUGAUUUGGCCAGCUGAAUAUGAUAUUGUUUUUGGAUUGGCAGAUGGAAAGAUUCGACUUGCUGAUACAAAAUCAAACAAGUCAAAAACAAUUUAUGGAACAGACUCUUAUGUUGUUUCUUUAGUAUCAAAUGUGUCUGGAAAAGGCAUCUUGUCAGGUCAUGCUGAUGGUACAGUUGUUCGUUAUUUCUUUGAUGAUGAAGGCUCUGGAGACUCUCAGGGUAAACUGUUCUCUCAUUCUUGUCCUCCAUAUGCUUUGGCAUGGUCUGCUUAUGGUAUACUUGCUGCUGGUUGUGAUCAAAAAAUUGUGGCAUAUGGCAGAGAAGGGCAUAUCCUCCAGACCUUUGACUAUAGCCGUGACAUUUCUGAGAAAGAGUUUACAGUAGCUUCUGCCAGCCCAAGCGGCCAGUCUGUUGUUAUUGGCAGUUAUGACAGGCUAAGAGUUUUUAACUGGAGCCCUCGUAGAAAUGCUUGGGAAGAGUCAAAACCAAUGGAAAUCGAAAAUAUUUAUACAAUAACUGCAUUGGCAUGGAAGAAAGAUGGAUCAAGACUGUGUGUGGGGACAUUAUGUGGUGGAGUGGAACAGUUUGACUGCUGUAUUCGCAGAAGUAUUUACAAAAAGAAAUUUGAAAUGACUUAUGUAGGGCUCAGCCAGGUUAUUGUGAAGAACCUGUCUUCUGGUACAAGGGUGGUAUUGAAAUCCCACUAUGGUUAUGAGAUAGAUGAAGUUAAGAUCAUGGGAAAGGAUCGCUAUCUGGUAGCUCAUACAUCAGACACAUUGCUACUUGGAGACCUCAUUUCCAACAAACUAAGUGAGGUGGCUUGGCAGGGUUCUGGAGGAAAUGAAAAAUUUUUCUUUGAGAAUGAAAAUGUGUGCAUGAUUUUCAAUGCUGGAGAAUUGACUCUUGUAGAGUUUGGAAAUAAUGAAAUACUGGGAUCUGUUCGAACAGAAUUCAUGAACCCACAUCUGAUCAGUGUUCGUUUAAAUGAAAGAAAACAAAGAGGUGUUGAAGACAAUAAGAAACUUGCAUAUCUUGUUGACAUGAAGACAAUAGCAAUUUUGGAUCUUGUUGGGGGAUAUAACCUUGGUACAAUCAGUCAUGACAGCAAAAUUGAUUGGCUGGAACUAAAUGAAACUGGAUGCAAGUUACUUUUUAGAGAUAAGAAACUUCGGUUACAUUUAUUUGAUGUUGAGAAUGGAAGCAAAACUACUGUAUUGAAUUAUUGCUCAUAUGUUCAGUGGGUUCCUGGCAGUGAUGUUGUAGUUGCCCAAAACAGAGGCAAUCUCUGUGUCUGGUAUAACAUUGAUAGCCCAGAAAGAGUCACCAUGUUUCCACUGAAGGGAGAUAUAGUUGAUCUAGAGCGCGGUAAUGGUAAAACAGAAGUGAUUGUGACUGAAGGAGUAAACACCAUUUCAUAUACUCUGGAUGAAGGGCUUGUGGAAUUUGGUACUGCAAUUGAUGAUGGAGACUAUGACAGGGCUACUGCAUUUCUUGAGACACUUGAGAUGUCUGCUGAAACUGAAGCCAUGUGGAAAACUCUGAGCAAACUAUCACUGGAGGCAAAACAGUUGCACAUUGCUGAAAGGUGCUUUGCUGCUUUGGGAGAUGUGUCUAAAGUGAAAUUUCUGAAUGAAACCAACAAAAUUGCGGACAGAGCAGCAAAGGAGUUUGGCGUUGAUGGCUCAGAAUUCUAUCAGGUGAAAGCUCGUCUUGCAAUGUUAGAGAAGAAUUUUAAGAUGGCAGAAAUGUAUUACUUAGAGCAGAAUGCCAUUGAUGAAGUUAUAGAGAUGUAUCAAGAACUUCACAUGUGGGAUGACUGUAUUGCUGUUGCGGAAGCAAAGGGUCAUCCUGAACUAGAUAACCUUAAGAGGAGUUAUUAUCAGUGGCUAAUGGAAACAAACCAAGAUGAGAAAGCUGGUGAAUUAAAGGAAAAUGAACAUGACUACAGUGGUGCUAUUGAUUUAUAUCUAAAGGCAGGCUUGCCAGCCAAGGCAGCCCGUUUAGCUCUAAGCAGGGAUGAAUUAAUAGCCAACAACAAUAUUGUAAACAGAAUUACAUCUUCAUUAAUCAAAGGUGAUUUUCAUGAAAGGGCAGGAGACCUGUUUGAAAAAACUGGAAAUCAUCAAAGGGCCCUGGAAUGUUAUCGUAAGGGAUUUGCCUUUAGAAAAGCGGUGGAGCUUGCACGUUUUGCUUUCCCUGCGGAUGUUGUCAAGUUAGAAGAGGCCUGGGGAGAUUACUUGGUGCAGCAGAAGCAGAUGGAUGCUGCAAUCAAUCAUUACAUUGAAGCUGGCUGCUCUUCAAAAGCUAUUGAGGCUGCUAUUGGAGCACGGCAAUGGAAGAAAGCUGUCCAUAUUUUGGAACUCCAGGAUGACAAAACAGCAGUAAAAUAUUACUACAUAAUAGCUCAGCACUAUGCCUCAGUACAAGAAUUUGAGGUGGCUGAAAAAUUCUAUGUCAAAGCAGAUCGUAUAUCUGAAGCUAUAGAGAUGUAUACUCAAGCAGGACAGUGGGAACAUGCUCAUAAGCUGGCAAGAAAGUGUAUGAAUCAAGAAGAUGUUACAAAACUCUACAGGAAAAGGGCAGAAGAGCUUGAAAAGCAAGGGAAGUUCAAGGAAGCAGAGAGGCUUUACACAACUAUAGAUGAACCGGAUUUAGCAAUAACUAUGUACAAAAAACAUAAGAUGUACAAUGAUAUGAUUCGCUUAGUUGCAAAGCACCAUAAGGAUUUGCUAACUGAGACGCACCUAUAUCUGGCAAAGGAGCUGGAAACAGAGUCUAGAUUUCAGGAAGCAGAAUAUCACUAUUUAGAGGCAAAGGAGUGGAAAGCAGUGGUAAAUAUGUUCAGAUUGAAUGAGAUGUGGGAAGAAGCCUACAGGGUUGCAAAAGCCCAUGGAGGAGCAAACGCCCAUAAGCAGGUGGCAUAUUUAUGGGCUAAAAGUCUGGGAGGAGAAGCAGCAGUGAAGUUAUUAAACAAGUUUGGGUUGCUAGAGAUGGCUAUUGACUACGCUGUAGACAAACGCUCAUUUGAUUUUGCCUUUGAAUUGGCACAACUUUCAAUGAAACACAAAAUACCUGAAGUUCAUCUACAGCAUGCCAUAUUUCUUGAAGAUGAGGGGAAAUUUUCUGAUGCAGAAGUUGAGUUUAUCAAGGCUGGAAAACCAAAGGAAGCAGUGUUAAUGUAUGUUCACAAUCAGGACUGGAACAGUGCACAGCGGGUGGCAGAGGCCUAUGAUCCUGAGAGUGUUGCAGAGGUCUUAGUUGGACAGGCUAAGUUUGUCUUUGACCAGAAAGAAUAUCAAAAGGCAGAGGCAUUCCUACUCCGAGCACAAAGACCAGAACUAGCAAUUAAAUAUUACAGAGAAGCUGGAAUGUGGAGUGAUGCUAUUCGUAUUUGCAAAGAGUAUAUUCCAAACAAAUUAGAACUCUUGCAAGAAGAGUAUGAAAAAGAGGCAAUGAAAAAGGGAACCAGAGGUAUUGAAAGCUUAGUUGAGCAGGCACAAGAAUGGGAGCAGUCAGGUGAAUAUGCCAGAGCAGUGGAAUGCUACCUAAAAGUGAAAGAUACUGACAAUGUUUCACUUAUGGAAAAGUGCUGGUUGAAGGCUGCUGAUCUGGCCAGUAAAUUCUUUAGUCGGGAGAAAGCAGUAAAUGUGAUUCAGAUUGUUGGACCUCGGCUCAUUGGAAUUCAGAAGUACAGUGCGGCUGCUGAGCAGUUUCUUAGCCUAGAUCUCAUUAAAGAAGCAAUAGAUGCAUUUAUUGAGGGAGAAGAAUGGAACAAAGCCAAGAGAGUGGCCAAAGACUUUGAUUCAAGAUAUGAAGACUAUGUGGACCAGUGCUAUAAAGAACACUUAAAAAACCAAGGAAAAGUAGACUCUCUUGUGGGAGUUGAUGUCAUGGCAGCACUUGACAUGUAUGCUGAGAGAGGUCAAUGGGAAAAAUGCAUUGAAACCGCAUCAAAGCAGAACUACAAGGUUCUUCACAAAUAUGUAGCUUGGUAUGCCUCUAACUUGAUCAAUGAGGGGCACUCAGAAAAGGUUUUAAGUCUCUAUAAUCAGCAUGGUUCGCCUGCCUACCCACAGAAUUUUAAUAUUUACAGGCACUUGUUUCGUGACAUGCUGAGCCUGAGUGGCACAAACAAUGCUGAAGCAUAUCGUACAUGGGCAGAACUGAGAGAUGUACUGUUAAAUUUGUGUGAAAAUAUGGUGAAGACUUCUGAAGCCAAUUCUCCAGCGCAUGAAGAAUUUGAACAGAUGCUCCUAAUUGCACACUACUAUGCUGCACGAUCAGCAGCACAAGGAGUUAAACAGCUGGAGACUAUUGCAGCAAAAAUUUCAAUAGCAUUGCUAAGGUAUACAGAUAUAAUACCAGCAGAUAAAGCAUUCUAUGAGGCAGGUUUUGCUGCUAAGAGUAUUGGCUGGACAAGCAUGGGCUUCAUAUUUCUAAAUCAUUUUUUGGAUCUAAGUGAUGGGAUAGAAGAAGGUACUCUGGUUGCUCUUGAUCAUUCAGAUUAUCAGGAUACUGAUAUUCCAUUUGAGGUUCCAGUUCCUUCAAAGCAGCAUAUCUCAGAAGAGAAGCGUGAAGAAAUAAGAGACUGGGUGUUGACGGUGUGUAUAGAUCCAAAAGUGGAACAAGUUCUACCCAAAGAUGAAAGAGACACUUAUGAAGCAUCUUUGGUGGCUGUAAAUACUGGUAUACGUUCCCUGCCCUGUGUUAUUACAGGAUACCCUGUGCUUAGGAACAAAAUUGAAUUCAAAAGACCAGGGAAAGCAGCAAAUAAAGAUGAAUGGAAUGCAUUCCUGAUGGCUGUUAAGACAACUCACAGUCCAGAAUGCCAAGAUGUUCUGAAGUUUAUUGGCCAAUGGUGUGGAGGACUUCCCAGUGGUGGCUUCUCAUUUCAGUAAUACAGCAGUUUAACCAGAAGACCCAAUUCUAUGUGAUGUUUGGCCUACUGUUUAAGUACUUAAUAAUUAAAUCUUUACAGUUUGAAGUGCUCCAUUUUAUGUAUGUUAACUCUGAUUUGAAUAUGGCUGUACAUUGACUAUAACAUUACAACUAUGUUAAAGACAGACAUGUAAUACAAAAGGUGUUAAAAGCACAAUUAUUUAAGCAAGGGUUAGGCAUUUUAUGUUGUGACUUAAUUUUCCUUACACUUUGUACAGUUAUUUUUAUUCACUACACAUUUGAUUAUGUAGUAAACUGGUAUGAAUGAACUCUAAAAUGUAAUGUGCAAUCUGUCUCGAGAUCUCCUGUCUAAUCUCAGCAUCCCCAAACAAAGACAGUAUUUCAACCAAAAAAAUGUUUGUAAACCAGCUCCUCUACAUUUUACAUGCAACAGUAAAUGCUUCUGAGUAAUCCUAGGAAAACGGCUGAAGAUUCUGAGGAUUUGUGCAGGUAACUAAUAAAUACAUUCCAUGCUGUCAUGUUUAAGAACUAAUUUAACAAAUAGCAUUCAUCAUUUUUGCAAAUGCUGGUGCUGAAAUAUAUAGACAUAUUUUGUUAAGCAUUUGUUAAGAAUAUUAAACCGCGUAAACUUACUUAGAACCUAAAUUACUGCUACUGCUACUCCUAAAUGUGGACUAUAAGAGAAUUUAUAGAAAUGUUGUGUAUAAGGUAAUACAAGGUCAAAUUAAUAUGAAUUCACCCAAAAUGUAAUUCUUUUAUAUCAGCCAGAUUAAAUCUACACUUUAUACGCCAGACAGGUCUAGAUUAGUCAUCACACUUCAUCCAAAAUGUGAUUCAGGCUCAAAAGUAGAAUCAAGUACAUUUGGAAUUUCAUCAUAAAAGCAUCUUACUAACUAGUUUCACUCAAUAUAGGUGGUGACAUUAAUGCACAUAUUGCUCAAAUACAGAACAAUACUAAGAAAACAUUAUUUAAGAUUAAAAGGUUUUACAAGUUGAGACGCACACUACAUCUGUCUAUGUAGACAAUUUAUUUUUACAUAUGGAGAACAGGCUGGCUCCAUGACUUGUUCAUGGUCACAUACAACUAUUUAGCGAUUGAACUGCCAACCUGUGAUUUAAAGGUCAGUGCUGUGAAUCUUAAUGUUGAUUCAUCUUUGAAUCAAACUCCAGUAAAUAAGACUGGAGCCCAGUUAUUUAUGUCACAAGACAAGAAGUUACGGCAAGAAGCUGAAUCAAAAUCUAUUAUUUUCAACAUAGAGUUUGUUUUAAAUGCAUUAACAUUUAAAGCAUUGAUAUACUCAAUAGCAGAAAACUGCAUUCAGAAAAGCUGAAAAUUCUAUGCAUAUGACUUAAAAGCAUGCCACACUGAAAACCCAGAUUUCUUUAUAUUUGCACCAUUUGCAAAAAAGCUCUUCCCAGGUAAGCUUAAAGUAUAUUAUUUUGAUUAUCUGCAAGUAAUAGAUUAAUUUUUUUAGUUGCAUUUUUUUAUGACUGAUUAUUUAAACAAAAUGUAUCAUCUACUUUUUUUAAGUACAGUAUAUAAAGUAGUAAGAUAUUUUAUGAGUUUCAGUUUAUAACAUACUCUUAUUAGUUAUACUGUACUUUGAAAUUUCUGAACAAAUGAACACCUGUAAAACUGCACUUCAAUUUUUGUCUUUUAUGAAACACUUUAGCCACAGCAAUCUUAGGAUGCAGCCAGUUUUUUUCAUAAAUGAUUAAUAAAGAUCACAUUACAGUAAAACAAUAGUAGGCAGUAUUUAAAAACUACAUUGAUCUGUGCAUCAUCAUGUGAACAGCUGUCAUCUUUGCCUACUUCAAAAGUUUUUUUUUAAUAUUUACAACUUACAGUAUAUGGUUAUGUAUCCAGCGUGGUAAGGUAAUUUGCUAGUUUUACAAGUUUAACAUACGCUUAUUCAUAAUAUACAUAAACUUUGUUAAUCAUAAAAAGGACUAAUUACAUAAAGUUCCAACUUUAUAUUCAACAUUCAGUUACCUCCAGCACUAUAUCCAUAAUUUCUGUUUGUUUUUUGUGAAUUGAAUUAUAAAUUUAUGACUAGGCUAACUGCUAACAAUGCAAGUAGAUGAUCAGAGCAUGGACUAUAAUGAGAUGUGCUUGCAUGAGCGCAGAAUAGCACUUCAAAAAUCUUUCACACAUAUUUCUUAACAGCCACAUGGUACUUUAUAAAAGUUACUAUACUUGUGCAGUUUUAACAUUUUCUUCUCAUGAAACAAGGCAAGUUUAAUUUUCAGUAUUGCUAGACCUCUGUUAAUCAGUGACUGAUUGAAAUAAUUGGGGGGGAGGGGGUCUUAGUGCUGCGUACAACUUUAUGAAAGCCUACAAUCAGGAAGACUGAAGAAUCAGAUAUAAACAUGUUUUUGUAAUUUCCAGCCAUAGCAAUGAUGCACUAAAUCAGUUAUCUGAAACCCGCAGCUUCACAAAGUGUACUAAAUUGCACUGGGCAGUCGUAUUGUCAUGCUUAGCAAUUGUGAAGUUCAGUAUUUGUGUCCCUUUUAACUCUUUGAGGGCUGAAUAUUUUUUCCAAAAAACGUACAUUUCUGAAAAGCAAUGGUGUCACACAGACAUCAACAUAAAACGUCCGUCGUUGCAUGCUGUGGCUGCCAGUUUGCCAAGAAUGUGCGGCAGGCUUGUUGCCAGGCUGUCUUUGCAUGGCUGGGGCAGCAGCAACGGUCACUGUCGCAGUAGAUUGCAAUCCCUUGUCAUUGUUAAGUGGCAGUUCUCCCAGGCGAACAGUGCCAUGGGCGUGUCAGCUACUUGAACCUGAUCAGCACCACGAAUAGCUGGGGACCAAUCAGCUGAAGCCAGAACCUCACAAUCGUCUUCGAUCGCUUGUAUCAAAAUCAGCGUCUGACAGGCAAAACGUCGUCCCCGGAGUGUUCUACUUUACAAAUCCACUUGGAUCUCUCCCCAGGUGUCAGGACCAAUUUUGCAGUUAUUUGUGCCUUGCUACUCAUGGGAGUGCAGGAAAUCUUGGGUUAAAACCAAUGAAGCUAACUUUCUUUCUAGCAACAAGACUCCAACUAAAACAUAACAGUUGGUUUUUGUCACAGUUGAUUACUAUCGUCAACUCCUCCUUUUGACAAAAGUCGACAUCAGCCUUGAAAGAGUUAAUGGAACCUUUGUUAAUGGAGCGCUAGGUAACGAUGUCUGUUUAACUCAGCUAUGCCAUAAUAUGACUAGCUGUACCAUACUGACAUCCUAGAUGAUAACUUUCUAAUACUACUGUGUAUAUCUAUACAUUAAACAGAAACAUUUAAAACCCUCCUUAAAUGUUGCCUUUGUAUAAAAAUUUAUAUUUUUUAGUUUUGUUUCUGUGUUUUUGUUAUGGUAAUGAUGUGUUUUUUAUAUUAAUAUUAAAUAAU